UCAGCACCAUAAGAUGGCUUGUUUAUUGUCUAUAAUUAAAUGAUCUGUACCCCUGUGAUCGACUACUCUGGUUCCUGCUCCUCAUAUGUCCACAAAUUCACCACAGUAACAAAAUGGAACCUAUUCUAUCUGCACAUGAAAUCGGCGAAGGACUUCCCGUUUUGAUCAUUCAUGGAUGGAAGAUGGAGGCAAGAGUCGAGGAGCUGGACUUUGAGCCCGUUUUCAGCAAAACACCGGGACUUCGCCGGAUUUACGUGGACCUUCCAGGCAUGGGCGCAACACCUGCAAAUAAUGUCAAGGAUCUGGACGAUAUCUACCUUCGCCUGGUGCAAUUCAUUGAUUCUCGACUUGGGAGGUCAAGAUUCUUACUUGUCGGCUCAUCAUGUGGCGCGUACCUUGCACGUGCGAUAGCUCAAAAAUAUAUUGAGCAAGUCGAUGGUCUACUAUUGCGCGUACCGCUCAUAGAGCCAAAGGACAGCAUGCGCGAUCUCGAUGCUUUCAAACCUCUGGUUGCAAAUAAGCAACUCAUGUCGGACAUGUCGGCCGAAGACAAGGGUCUUCUUGGAAACGUUCUCGUUCAAACGCCUGCUUACGUUCAAAAUUUGAAGGCAAAAUACGAGGAUGUUUUGCUUCCAGCGGAGAGGAAAGCCGACAGUAAGGUGUUAGAUCCGAUCCGAGAAGAUCCACAUCGAUAUCAGUUAUCUUUUUCCUUGGACAAUGAAGGUGCCAAGUUCUUUGCACCCACGCUUGUUAUAUGUGGUCGGCAAGAUGAGAGCGUUGGCUAUCGAGACAGCCUUCGCUUGCUGGAGCUCUAUCCACGAUCAACCUAUGUUGUUCUAGAUCGUGGUACGCAUGGCCUUCCUAUCGACGAGACAAGUGUUUUUGAAGCCCUUGUUCGUGACUGGAUAACCCGGGUUAAUGAAUGGCGAGGUCGCACGGACAGAGAAGUGUAUGGUGACUCUAUAGAUGGAAGGUAGUGCACCAAUCAAAAGGGUAAGUAGCCUGCAACAUAAUGCUCUAAGGAGGGAACUAGAUGUGAUGCCAUGGCAGUUAACCCAGGGGAAAGGCCAUGACAAUGAAAGAACUGCAGAAAUGCACUUCUACGAUGUGCGGAAAAGCCCUGAAUAUAUACAUAUAUAUAUGUGAUAGCCCAAAUUGAAUGGGAUUAGGGUCUU